AUGGACGAUCCCUCUCCAGCUCCGCAACCCAAGGCUGUGCCUUGGUCACUGUCGACAUGGUGGGAAGAGUCACCUUUGUCCAGCAACACCCUGAUAUCCCGCGCCCCUCUUCCAGACACGAGAUGCGGAGAGUGCGAGACGGCCAUGAACAGCAAACCGGAGUCAUAUUUCCUUCUCACCAAAGCUGUCUUGAGAGUUGUGAGUGCAUCCCCCGAUACCUGCUGGCAAUGCCGCAUUCUUCUGGCGCUGGCUGAAAGGAAGCUGGGAAGACGUCUGGGCAUUGACGAAGAGCUUGAAACCUGGGGUGCGAGGGAUAAUCUUCAGAAAAUCACGGGCCUUCGCGUGCGGGAGGGUUCUAAACUUAGCACUGGGGAUGAAGAGGAGAACCGACUUGUCAAUAUCUCUUCGCUUGAGACUCUUCCAUGCCCCUGGAACACAUUCGACGCCAAACAGCAUACCUCUUUAGUCGCCCAUAUGCUAGGCUCCCACUCUUACCAAGUAGCCUCCGCCUGGCUCAAAACGUGCGUGACCCAUCACCCAGGCUGUCCUGGCAUGGAAGAAACCCUCCUCCCACGCCGAGUCAUCCACAUCGGCGCCAAUCAUACCGACAUCUGUCUUGUCGAGCACAACUCACCUACCCUCGGCCGGUACACCUGCCUCAGUCACUGCUGGGGAGGAGCGCAGCCGCUGACCACGACCACCCACAACAUCGCCCAACACCUAGAGCGAAUCGAGUGGGACAGCAUCCCAAAAACCUUCCAAGACGCCAUCAAGUUUACCGCCCAUCUCGGAAUCUCGUACAUCUGGAUUGACUCUCUAUGCAUCAUCCAGGACUCUCCCCAAGACUGGGCAGAGGAAUCCGCCAAGAUGUGCAGUAUCUACAAAAACGGGCACCUCACCAUCGCAGCCUCUGCUGCUUCCAAUGGCAGCGGUGGUCUACCAAUCCGCGAUUCCUCCAGCUUCGUCCGUCUUACCGGCACCACAUCAUCUCCUGAAAGCAAACCCUUUGACAUACUAGGUUACUUCAAACUAGGCUUAGGCGACCACCCCUAUCCAACCAACCAUCGUACGCCCUUGCUCUCCCGUGGUUGGGUCCAUCAAGAGAUGCUCUUGAGUCCAAGGGUGGCUCAUUUUGUCAAGAAAGAACUGCUGUGGGAGUGUAAGACGGUAGGGACGUGUCAGUGUCCUCAGCCGCCCCCAUUUCGGAAUGCCUUCUUCAAGGAGGGGCACUACGAAGCGCUGAAUUCCCCCAGACAGUCUGGCGCUCAAUCGGCAGGCGGUAUGCUGGCUCACCAAUGGCACAAGAUUAUCGAGUCAUAUUCCCGCCUCCAGUUGUCGUUUCCGGGGGACAAGUUCCCUGCUCUAUCUGGGCUCGCUCAACAGAUGAGCAAGAAGCGAGGUCCUGCGGUGCGGUACCUAGCGGGCCUUUGGAGUGACUCCCUCCUGACAGAUUUACUGUGGACCGCAGCGUAUGUGUGGAGUUUGCACUCAAUCGAUCGUAUCUUACAAGGCUGGUCCUGGGCUGCUCGUGACGUGCCUGUUAUUUUCCCCCGAAUGGGGACGGAAAGAAAUGGGUCUACCUGUGAGGUAAAAGCACUGUGCAACAUCAUCGAGGCGGAGACUACGCUGGCUACUACGGAUAAAACUGGCCGUAUUUCUGGCGGGCGGCUGGUUGUCAGAGGUAGGCUAUUUGAUGCGAGUCUGUACCGGGACAUUGAACUGCCCGACUCGAAGUCCGGAAAGGCGGAAACCAAGGCUACCGUCACAUUGAGCGUCAACACUCCCAUGGACCCGACGGGCGUCAAGACUUUCAUCUCAUAUGCCUCCGAACGCGGAACCAGCUUCGUCUUAAUGACUCACUCCGACGCCCAAGGGCUCAAAGGCUCGAAGCCUGAUGAGCUGGGGAUCUUGGUCAAGGAGGGAUUCAAUCCUGACUCGAUGGCCGAGCUUUUGUCUAUGGAGAGAACUGACAGUAGGGAAUACAUGGGGAGUGAUAUCAAGGUUUUGAGGAUGGGAAGGGUGGGGAGGAGGCUGCCUACACCUAACGAGAAGAAGUGGUUGGCGGAUAUGGAGUAUGCACUGGUUUUGCAGGGCGUUGACAGCGAAUCGACAGAGCUCGAUGGUGCCAAGGUGGCAAGGAUGUACAAGCGGAUCGGUAUCAUUCACGAAGGCCGCGAAGGUUAUAAGGGGGUGGAGGAUGCGAGGGAGGACUAUUGGGAGCGUUAUCCUAGUUGCUUUGAGCAGGGUGGGAGAGAGGAGACAAUCUCUAUUGUCUAG